CACCUUCCCAUCUCACCAAAAACAAGUCUUUGUUUUGCACAGAAGAUCAAGAAGGUGAGGAAUUGAAAGCAUGUCUCUGCUCAGACCUUACGGUAAGGUCGACGAAACCGACCAGCUGAGGCUCGACGCUUCCCGGAGGACCCGGAAGAGGAUUGCUGUCAUUGUGCUGUCCUCUGUUGUUCUUGUUGCUGUUGUUGUUGCUGUUGUGUUUGGGACUAGAAAUGGUUCUAAGGAUGAUGGCAAUGGCAAUGGCAAUGGCAAUUCUGCUCUUUCAAGUUCCAUCAAAGCAGUUUGUGAUGUUACUUUGUAUCCGGAGACGUGUAACUAUGCUUUCGGACCUUUGUCUAACUCGAGCCGCCUCGACCCGGGCCAGAUCUGCAAGCUUUCGGUUCAACUGGCGCUUGGCGAACUGUCGCGAGCAGCCGACUAUGUUUUCAAGCAUGCCAUUACCAAUUCAACUGACAAUAGAACCAAAUUGGCUUUGGAAAGUUGCCAUGAACUUUUGGACUUGGCAUUGGAUCAUUUGAAUAUCUCACUCUCUUCUACUGAAAUUACAUUGCUGAAAGCUGUGGAUGAUCUUAAAACAUGGCUAACUUCGGCUGCUACUUACCAGCAGACGUGCAUUGAAGGCCUCGAGGAAGUCGAUCCGACUUUGAGGAACAGCAUUGCCAAUUACUUGAAGAACUCUACUGAAUUGACAAGCAAUGGCCUUGCCAUUGUGUCAUUCUUUUCGAAAAUUACGGAUUCGCUCAAUCUACGGCGGUUGAUGAGUUAUGAGAAUCAUCAGAGCAGUGCAGAUUGGGCACGCCCGAUACUCCGAAAGCUCGCUCAGCGUGAUCUUAGGAAGCAGGCUGACAUCGUUGUGGCGAAAGACGGUUCGGGGAAGUACAAGACAAUCAGUGCUGCUCUCAAGGCAGUUCCUGACAAGAGCAAGAAGAGCACUGUGAUUUAUGUGAAGAAGGGAACUUACAAGGAGAAUGUUGAAGUUGGGAAGAACAAAUGGAAUGUGGUGAUGAUUGGUGAUGGAAUGAAUGCCACCACUGUAACUGCCAAACUCAAUUUCAUAGAUGGGACUCCAACAUUUUCAUCUGCAACAUUUGCUGCAAAGGGCAAAGGCUUUAUUGCCAUAGACAUGGGUUUCCAGAACAUCGCUGGACCGAGCAAACACCAGGCGGUCGCCCUGAUGUCAACCUCGGACCAAUCGAUCUUCUACCGCUGUAAAAUGGAUGCAUACCAAGACACUCUCUACGCACACUCGAACCGUCAAUUCUACCGCGAAUGCACGGUCGAGGGCACGGUUGAUUUCAUCUUUGGUAACUCAGCAGUAGUUCUGCAGAACUGCACCAUUUUGCCCAAGUUGCCUCUUUUAGGCCAAAAGAACACAAUCACUGCUCAAGGCCGGUUUGAUCCUAACCAAAACACUGGCAUUUCCAUACAAGACUCUUCCAUCACACCAUACGAGAACUUGAAAGCUACCGAAACGUACCUCGGUCGUCCGUGGAAGAACUACUCAACGACGGUAUUCAUGCAGAACUACCUCGGGAGCCUGAUUCAGCCAACUGGGUGGCUGCCAUGGGUAGGAACAUCAGCACCAGACACCAUAUUCUAUGCAGAGUUCCAAAACUAUGGCCCUGGUUCUUCCACAGCCAAAAGGGUCAAAUGGAAGGGUGUGAGGAAUAUUGACAACAAAACUGCCAAAAAGUUCACAGUUUCAUCCUUCAUUGAUGGUAAAGAUUGGAUCUCAAAGGCACAAGUGCCCUUCAAAUCUGGCCUCUGAUAUUCUAUUUGAUCAAGCUUGAGGGAGUUUUCUUUUACUUUUCUCAUUGCCACCAAAUGGCUUCUUUGUUGUUUCUUUUCUGUUUUGUUUCAUAUUGUUGACUUUCUUCUACUUCUUUUAACCAUUUGAUUGAUUGGUAUUGUAAUAAAAACAUAUAGUAAGAAAGUUUUCAUCCCCUUUUGAUGUAAGUGUAAGAU